CCGGUCUAUCGCACACUCCGAUUGGCCAGAGUCGAGACAGUUACUGUUAGCUGGGUGCAUUCGCGACGACUCAACCUAGGCAUAUCAACAUUCCCAGGCAGUAGAAGAAUCGGCAGCAGAGAUGGACGAAUUGCCGGGUCAAGAACAUCUCGCCUUCACCAAAUGGGCCAUCGAGAAGGGAAUCGAGAUCAACGGCAUAGCGCCAGCUCGAUUCCCCGGCCGCCGGUUAGGAAUGAUUGCAACCAAGACCAUAGAAGAGGGAGAGAUCAUGCUCACUGUCCCACAAACGGCAAUGCUAUCCAUUGACUCCAUCCCGUCUUCAUUCGUGGAUCUCUUCCCAGAGGGCGCAUCCGUGCACGGCAUCCUAGCCGCAUAUCUCACGCACGGGGACGCCAAAGCCCUGAAAGAGAUAGACGCAUGGCGCAACGUCUGGCCAAACUGGCAGGAGCUCGAAGAUAGCACACCUAUACUAUGGCCGACUCAUCUGCGACGGUCUAAUUCUGCCUUCGAAGACGAGGACAAUUCCUCCACACCCAGUCUGCUCCCGCCCUCUGUAUCUGGGCUAUGGAAUUCUUUCGAAAAGGUACCCGUAGACAUCAACUACGACACCCGGUAUCAGAACAUGCUGGCGCAAGAGGAAAAGCGACUCAGACACGCCUGGGAACAGGUUCUCUCCGUGUUCCCCAAAACAGAGUGGAAGACGUUCGCAUAUUACUGGCUCAUCAUCAACUCAAGAAGCUUCUACUAUAUCUCCCCCGGAAAGGGCGAACCGGAGGAUUGGAACGACGCCAUCGCGAUGGUCCCUUAUGCUGAUUAUUUCAAUCACGAGGAUAACGCGGCAUGUGAGGUCAGAUUCGACCAUAUCGACUACACAUUCCGGGCAACUAGACGAUACGAAAAAGGCUCAGAGGUCUACAUGAGCUACGGCGCCCACUCAAACGACUUCCUCUUCGUCGAAUACGGCUUCUUUCUCGACAAGAACGAAUCCGACUCAAUAUACCUAGACGACAUAAUCUCCCAAGACCUAACAACAACCGAUAAAAAAGAACUAGUCCACCAAGGGUGUUUCGGCAACUUCGAAGUCACAGAAACCGGCGUAAGCAGCGGCAUCGAAACAGCCGCCUGUCUCAAAUACAUGUCCAAACGGGACUUCCGGAUCUACAUCGAGGGUCGGUCGAAACGGGCCUUCGACGCGGGGAAGUCGGCGGAGGUGAUUCGGGGUUGGAUUGGGGUUUAUCUUGAGGAGUGUGAGAGGACGAUGGAGAUUAUUGGGUCGAUGUUGGAGAAGCUAGGUGGGUCUAGGAGACGUAGUGGUGGGGAGAAGUGGGAGAAGAGUAGGUUGGAGGUGUUGCUUUGUAGGUGGGGACAGAUUAAGCAGAUUUGCGAGAAGGCUACAAGUGCUGUUGGUCAGGGUAAAUAGAGAUAUAUUUGGUUACUCUUCUGAUGGAACAGCUUGUGGUUGAGUUCUGUAGACAAGUUAUUCGUUCAGAAGACUUGCGCUUGAUGAAGGGAACAUGACUUAUAUUCGGUGGAUAAUGCAGGUUUGAAGUGAUAUUAAAUGAAGUAGCUAUUGAACUGUGACAUAAAUUUCAAUGUACAAGACUACGCUAGCAUCCCUUCCAAUAUACCGUCUAUCUAUACACCAGCCUAGAUAUACACCCGAUGCAUGUAUAGGUCUUGUCUCCAGUCGCUCACGGCUAAACUGGUAGAAGCCUUCCAAUGCGCCCCUGCUCCCAUGUAAUGAUAAUAAUAGAUAAAAGGAAGGCGGAAAAGUAUACACAGCAAAAGCAAAAGGAGGCUCGAGGCCAUUGCUCGAGCUAUACCCCAGAACAAAAACGACAGAGUAAGUACAAGAAGGUCACAAUUAGCCAAGCAGGAUAAAAUUGACACAGUAAAUCAAAAACAUGUUUAUAAUAUGAAGCCAGUGAAACAGAUGACGCCUAUAUACGACCCAUUGCAGUUAGGGUAUCAUGCAGCAGAAAAUGGCAGGCCACGAGAGGGUGACGGAGAAAAUGUAAGAUAAGAAGGAUAAAUGGUUAGGAAAGCGAGCUUGCUUGCCGAUCGGACAUAGUUGUAAAGCCAUAAUACACGUCCUUUCUGUUGAACGAUUACUUUCUGGACGGUAUUAAUUUGCGCCCAAAGUUACGGAUCGUCAUUUUGUGACUAGAUC